AUGCAUCUGAAAUGUGGAUUGGUGCUACUUUCAACGCUACUGCUCCUCAACGACAUCGAAAGUGCACGUCCCCUCAACGAGUACAUAUCGCACCACGAGAAGUUGAGCUACGAUCACCAGCACCUGCAUGCUAGUCACAGCCGGGCGAAACGAUCGGUCACCAAAGAUCAUCAUGUACAUCUUAGCUUUAGGGCCCACGAACGAGAUUUUAACAUUAGACUUAAACGUGAUCUCAGCACGAUAAGCGAUAAGUUAGAGAUACAUUCGGACCAGGGACCGGUGAAGGUCGAUUCGUCCCACAUCUACCACGGUGAGCUGAUCGGCGAGCCGGACAGUUACGUGUUUGGGUCGAUCUUCGACGGUGUGUUCGAGGGUCAGAUGAUCAGCGGCGACAGCACCACCUACCAUGUCGAGCGGGCGAAACACUACUUUCGGGAGUCGUCCCAUCCCGAUACGCACCCGUUGCACCACCUCGGUGACGACGAGCCACCGUUCCAUUCGGUGAUCUACAAGGACGAACACGUCGACGAUCCGUACCGCCACCGGCGGAAAGGUCACCCAUCCGGUUGCGGUGUGCACGAUGAGGUGUCCGCCUGGAUGGACCGCAUCCAGAAUUCGGCUGUCGAGGAAGACGAAGUGGCGGCGCCCACGGCAGACCGUGGCGACGACGAAGAGCUGCCGCCAGCGAUUGCUGCCAAAAAGGACAACGACAACAGUAAUCAGCAACAGCAGCCGCCACAUCAAAACCGCACCAAUGCCGCCCCACGCAAGAAUGGGAACCCGAAGGCUACGAAACGACGAUCGGCAUCGCCGGCGGAGGAAAGGGCAGCCCCGGCACGGGACAACCGGAACGUCAUCGAAACUGGGUACGAGUUUAAGUUUCCGCACGAAAAAUAUUCGAAGGCGGCGAACUGGCGUGGGCCGGCCGAUGCCGACAGCGACCCGGAGUGGCACUGGAAGUCGCACAUUCGAGCGCGCCGGGCUGCGCGGGCCAAGGAGGACUACCGGAACACCUGCUCACUGUACAUCCAGACCGAUCCGCUGCUGUGGAGCCACAUACGGGAUAGCAUCGUUAGCCAUCUGCACCGUGCACGGAAGGUCGAGCUGAUUGAGAAGACACGUGAGGAAAUCCUUUCGCUGAUCAUACACCACAUCACUGCCGUUAACUACAUCUACCGGAACACCAAGUUCGAUGGACGAGUGGAGCAUCGUAACAUUCGCUUCGAGGUUCAACGGUUAAAGAUUGAUGACGACUCCUCUUGCCACGACAGCCUGGACGAAGCGAACCCACUGUGUCUGGAGAAUAUUGACGUAUCCAAUUUCCUUAAUCUACAUUCUCUGGGUAACCACGAAGCGUUCUGCUUAGCGUAUGUUUUCACCUACCGCGAUUUCACUGGCGGCACUCUCGGACUAGCGUGGGUCGCUUCUGCUUCCGGUGCGUCCGGCGGCAUCUGCGAGAAGUACAAGACGUACACCGAAACGAUCGGCGGUAUGUACCAGAGCACGAAGCGGUCACUCAACACGGGCAUCAUCACGUUCGUCAACUACAACACGCGCGUCCCACCGAAAGUGUCCCAGUUGACGCUUGCGCACGAAAUUGGUCAUAACUUUGGCUCGCCGCACGAUUACCCAGCCGACUGUCGUCCGGGUGGCAACAAUGGAAACUUCAUCAUGUUCGCCAGCGCCACCAGUGGUGUCCGGCUGAACAAUGGCAAGUUUUCGCCCUGCUCGGUGCGCAACAUCUCGAACGUGCUGGACGCGAUCGAUGAGAGCAAGAAGCGUAACUGCUUCCAGGCGUCGGAGGGUGCGUUCUGCGGCAACAAGAUCGUGGAGAUCGGCGAGGAGUGCGACUGUGGUUUCAACGAGGACGAGUGUAUGGACAAGUGCUGCUAUCCUCGCGAGAUGACCGAUGCGAUGAAGAUCGAAAACGCGACGGCCCAGAGCUGCGGACGGCGGACACGAACGCAGUGCAGUCCCUCGCAGGGCCCGUGCUGCGAUAGCAACACCUGCCACUUUAUACCGUCCGACGCGAGGGUCACGUGCAAGGAAGAGACCGAGUGCUCGUGGGGUUCAGCCUGUAACGGCACGACGCCAGAGUGCCCGGAACCGCGACCUCGCGAUGAUAAGACAAAGUGCAACAAUGGCACUCAGCUGUGCAUCAAAGGCGAGUGUUCCGGUUCGAUCUGCUUGCUGUGGAACAUGACGGAGUGUUUCCUGACGUCCAACAUCAUUCCGAACAUCGACAAGCGGAAGCUGUGCGAACUCGCUUGCCAGAGUGGCAAUGAUACCAGCACGUGCAGGAGUACGAGCGAGUUCGCACGGGAGUACGGUCUUCCAGACGGUGGGUACAGCUUGCGACCCGGCUCACCCUGCGAUAACUUCCAGGGAUACUGUGACGUGUUCCUAAAGUGCCGUGCCGUCGAUGCCGAGGGGGCGUUGGUGCGGCUAAAGAACCUGCUGUUCAAUAAGAAAACGCUCCAGACGGUGGCCGAAUGGGCGACGGAACGCUGGUAUUUGGUGUGUGGGUUCGGUAUCGUGUUCAUCAUUCUGAUGGGCGUCUUCAUCAAGUGCUGCGCGGUCCACACGCCUAGCUCGAAUCCGAAGAAAGCGGCCGCAUACCGCAUAUCGGACACGUUACGCCGUCCGAUGAACACCCUGCGAAUGAUGCGUCGACAUCAUCACAACGGUGGCGGGCCUAGGAGUGUUCCUGUGCCCAGAGGUGAACGGUCAAGGAGUGCGGGAGCUACGGCUGGCGCAGGUGGUGCUGUCGGUGGUGGUGGAGGACGCAGUGGGGAACAACGCAAUGGAGGAGGUCGAGGGGCAGGUGGAGGACGAACGCGUGGCGCCGAUGGCGGCGGUCACGGAGAGAUUCGUAAUGGCGUCAGCGCCGGUGGCGGCGCCGGCGGUCAUACUUCCUCGUCCUCCGGCAACAGUCGACCAUCAAAUAGCUCCCGCGUGCCAGCACAUGGGUAUGGCGAAGGCCGUGGCCAACAAUACUACCCACCGAAAGCACCACCAAUGCAGAAUUAUAGCCGCAUGAGUAAUGCGGAGCUGUACGCCGAAGCUUACCCCGACCGGGGGAUUUACGAACCACCUAGGCGUCCUUAUCCCAACAACAAGGUUUGACAAGAUCGCUACCAAGCACAGGACGGAUACCACCGCAACAGAGCCAACCGAAAGAUGGUCACAUCUGUGCAGCAGCGACCGUUCCUCCACUGUCUCAACUGCCCUUCAUCGCCGCUAGUUCGCCAUCGAUUUCGUUAAUGAUUUCACGAUCUCCUCCACUCUCGUUGCUGUUGCGCCUGACAUCGCCAUCAUUCCCCUGACGGCCCAUCAUUCCGUUGCCGUUUCGCUUAAAUGCUUCGCAACAGGAGUGCUAGAUUUUUUUUUAUUAUUGUUUCUUUCAAACUUUAUCUCAAAGCAUCACUACUCAGAUGAAGACCAAAA